AUGUCACACUCUAAUCAAGUCACCGUUGCAUCCCCGCCCAGUGACGCCAUCUCUGCCCUCAAGUUCUCUUCUGAUCCAGACUCGACUAGGAUAGUAGUCUCUUCGUGGGACAAGAAUGUGUAUCUGUAUGACCUGCGCGACGAAAACGGACAAGUUGGUGUUGGCAAGCUUCUUCAGAAGUUUGAACAUAGGGCCCCCGUGCUUGAUGUCUGCUUCGGCGCGAAUGAAGACGAGAUUAUUACCGCAGGCUUGGAUUGGGAUGUGAGAAAAAUCGAUGUCAACACAUCCACACAAACCGUGCUUUCUACCCACGAAGCUGGCGUCAAAUCGGUAGUUUACAGCAAAGAGCAUUCAAUUGUCAUAUCCGCAUCAUGGGACUCGACACUUCACGUCCAUCGAUUGAAUGCUGAUUCUACACCGGCAGUCAUUCCGCUCCCAUCGAAACCGUUCUCUCUCUCCCUCUCACCUACCAAGCUCGUUGUCGCAAUGGCGUCUCGGGCCCUACACAUCUACGACCUCAAGUCCCUCGCAAUGAUAACCGAUCAAGCAGACGUGGAUCCUCCCUCAGUCAAUAAGGUUGAAAUAGAACCCUGGCAACGGCGGGAGAGUAGUCUCAAAUUCAUGACACGCGCUGUUGCAUGCAUGCCAGACGAUGCAGGCUAUGCGUCUUCGAGCAUUGAGGGUCGAGUGGCUGUGGAAUGGUUCGAUCCUUCUACGGAAUCACAAGCCCGGAAAUACGCAUUCAAGUGCCACCGGCAAACAGUCGAGGAUGUGGAUGUUGUCUACCCAGUCAACGCCCUUUCGUUCCAUCCUAUUUUCGGCACAUUCGCUUCCGGCGGCGGCGACGGUGUGGUUGCGCUGUGGGAUGGCAUUGCGAAGAGGAGAAUUCGCCAAUACCAGAAAUACCCGGCCAGCGUUGCGGCCCUCAGCUUCAGCUCCAAUGGAAAGUAUCUUGCCAUUGCUGUCAGUCCUGGGUUUGAAGAUGGCCAGGAUGAUGUGCAGCCUGGUACUGUGCAGAUAUUUGUGCGUGAGCUAGGCGAGACCGAAGCAAAAGGCAAGGGGCCAAAGUAA